ACUUCUCUGACUUUAAUAAAUUCCAGUGAAAGUAAGGCUAUUGUCAGUGGAGCAGCAGAACUCUUGCUGACACCACACUCAUCACCAUGGCGUUGCACAAUACCUGGGUGGUCCUGAUGCUGGUCCUUAGCCUUCGUGGUCAAGUUCAAACAGGGAAAAUCAUCGGGGGACGCCCAGCUGUCCCUCAUAGCAGACCCUACAUGGUGCUUUUGGAAACAAGAAUGUGGAAUGACGAAACCAGAUUUUGUGACGGCUUCCUGAUCAGCAAUGAGUUUGUGGUGACUGCUGCUCACUGCCAGGCCCGUAUCACUUACGUCCACUUAGGUCUUCACAAGCUGAUCCCUCCUCCAACUCGGAAGAGUAUUCCAGUGAGACGAGCAAUUCCACAUAAGGAGUUCAAUAACAAUACAGGAUACAACGACUUGAUGUUACUGCAGUUAAUGGAGAAGGUGAACUUCACUGAAAAUGUCAGACCGAUAAAUUUAGCAAGCCGAAGUGAUCACCUGCCUCAACGCUGUAUAGUCUCUGGCUGGGGAUUCACUAAAGAAUAUCAGGAAUUGGCCAGCGAGCUGAUGGAAGUUAAUUUGACACUUGCGAAGGAUACAAGCUGUCCUGAGCCCCAUGCAUUCUUCUCCCUUGGAGAAAUAGGACCUUCACAUGGAGACUCAGGUGGUCCACUUGUUUGUGAAGGGGAUGUGGCGUACGGUGUUGUGUCACGUGGCAAUCAAUCAUGCCCCCCCUACAAAUAUAGCGUUUUUAUUAAAAUCCCAGACUAUCUUGAUUGGAUUGUAAGCCACCUGACGCAAAAGUGAAUCCAGAAUGUCAUCCUUAAUAUGCUCAUCCUAUGUGAACCAUGUUGAUGAAUAAAUGGUUGUUCCACAAACCACAUUCCAAAUUCAACAUUGAAUGAGAAAAUAAAAAGGAUCUUAAACUUA